AUGGGAGGGGGUUCUAGUAAGGAGGAUGAAAAUCAAGUUAAUCUCGAUUAGUAUUUACAAAGUGCUGAAUAUCAACAAAAACUAAAUGCUGUUUAUUCAGGAUAAACUACUCAAUAAUAGGCAUUACAUGUACCAUAAUAAUUGGAUGAUGAUGAUGAUUUCAUUAAUGAUGGUUAUUAAGGGUUAUAAAUAAAACCAAAGCCAAAUAUUGCUACAAUUUAAUCAACAACUCUAAGUGCUUAAAAAAAUGAUGUCUAUAUAAUUAAGACUUCAUUUAAAUUUGUAAUAAUAAUUACGAUUAUUAGAUUUAAGUAGGUGAGACAUCAUAUUAAUUAACAUUUUAAUAUACUUGUCCAGAAUAAACCUAGAUAGAUGUAUGGUUUUUGGGAUAAGAGAAAUAGAGAACAGGAGAAAUUAUAUCUCUCUAUGGAAAUACUUAAUUAUAAAAAUAAAUAUAAGGUUUCUAUGUUUAAAAGGGAGAAAACUAAGAAUUUUCAUAAAACAGAGUGAUACUAGACUUAAAAUAAACAAAGAUAGAAUCUAUGAGACAAUAUUAAAUGAAAUAAGAUGAAUUUUCAUUUCCUUUGAUUGUAAAAAUUGUAAGAAUUUGAUAUAUAAUAUAGUCAAAACUUAAUGUUGAUCAUUCAUUUACUUAUUAUUGCACUGUUGAAAAGAAUUAAAAUCAAUUAAUUGCAUAAUGUUUAGGGAGCAAAUUAAGAGUAAUAAAUAAUUCUAUCAUGUAAGAUAAAUGGUUAAGAGUUUUUAACAAAAGAUGUUUAUGGAAUGAAUGAUAGUGUUUUAGGAAAGAAAGAUGAUACGUAUAUAAUAUAAUAUAUUUAUAGAGAAAAGGAACCUUGUAGAAUUUGCUUAACCAAUAUUAUUGAUACAAUGAUUUAACCAUGCUAACAUGUUAUUUUAUGUUAAGAAUGUUGUUAGAAUUUAAGAAUGACAGGUCAAAGAUGUCCUAUAUGUAGAUCAGGUAGAUAAUAUUUAUUUUUUAGAGAUUAAGGAGUUUAUUAUUAUAACAAAAGGAAAUUGA